AUGAAGUCCGUUACCAUGUUUUUAUUGGUUUCUACAGUAACCGCCAAACUCGCUACCUUCACUCCAUACCUAAAAGAUCACGAAGAGCUGUCAGAAGAAGCUCAAAACCUCUCUGGCCAAAAGCUAGUUGACUACAUUAAUAAUCUUGAAACUACCUGGACUGCCACCUCCGAUCAUAAGUUUAAACAGUAUAGGCAAGAACAUUAUGGACCACUUCUCGGCCUAAGAGAUGUAGAUUUCGAGAUAAAAUCACAGUUAGGAGAUCCACCAAUUCACAAUAAUGUGGCUGUGCCAGAUGAAUUUGAUUCGAGAAAGGUUUGGCCGAAGUGUGAGUCGAUCCGAACGAUUCGAGAUCAGUCGACUUGUGGAAGUUGUUGGGCUGUGGCUGCGACCAGUACGAUGAGUGAUCGUAUCUGUAUUCACAGUAAUGGAACGAAGCAGGUUGAUGUUUCGGCCGACGACUUGAUCAGCUGUUGUAAAUUCUGUGGCUUAGGGUAAGAUGAUAAUGAUAUUGGAAGACUAGAAUAGGUUAUAGUUUGGUGAAGGUAAUGUAUAGAUCAUAGUUGCCUAAGGUAAAAAAUAAAAAUCUAAUUCUAGCUGUUUUGGUGGAGCCCCAGAAGCCGCAUGGGUCUACUACAUGACCAAAGGUUUAGUAUCAGGCGGUGCCUACGGUGACAACUCGACUUGUCGUUCAUACCCAUUUGCUCCAUGUGAACAUCACGUUCCCGGCCCAAAACCAGCCUGUGGUGGAUAUUCAAAGACUCCAAAGUGUGAACGAACUUGCUCUGAAUCUAGUGGCUUGACAUAUAACAAUGAUAUUCAUCAAGGAAAGAUCGGCUUUCCAGUUAGAAUUGGAGAAUGGUGGAUCAAGAACGAGAUUUACAAUAAUGGACCGGUCGAGGCUGGAUUUACCGUUUUUGAAGACUUUAUUAACUACAAAAGUGGAGUUUAUCAGGUAGGAAAAGAGCUACACUUCUCCCCUGCUCCCUACCUUAUAAUAUGCUUUUCUAUAACAUACGCUACAUUCAUUUACUUUUUCAGCACAAGGCUGGUAAAAUGUUAGGAGGACAUGCGGUCAAGAUCAUUGGCUGGGGUGUUGAGAACGGUACCAAUUACUGGUUGGUAGCCAAUUCCUGGAAUGAAGAUUGGGGAGUCAAGGGCUACUUCAAGAUCCUUAGAGGUCAUUUCCAUUGUGGAAUUGAGUAUCGCGUUUCAGCUGGUCUGCCAAAACUUUAA